GUGGGGCCUCCUGUCGCGCACUCCCGGAAGCGCAGCCCAGCCCGCCCUCCUGUCGCGGAGAGGCGUUGCUUUUGUCGCCGCCACUGCUGCUGCCACCACCCCUGCUGCCACCACCGCCACCUCCGACGCGGUCGCCACUGCUUCAGUCAUGCCGAAGCACGAGUUCUCUGUGGACAUGACCUGUGAAGGCUGUGCGGAAGCUGUCUCCCGAGUCCUCAACAAGCUGGGAGGUGUUGACUUUAACAUUGAUCUGCCGAACAAGAAGGUUUGCAUCGAAUCUGAGCACAGCAUGGACACUCUGCUGGCAACGCUGAAUAAAACGGGAAAGACUGUUUCCUACCUCGGCCCCAAGUAGCAUGGGCUGACAGUAUGGACUGAAGAGGGCAGCUCUCCUAGGACGCUGAUCUGGCUUCCACGUGGACCUGGGAUUUGGCAGUCCUGUUCAGCAAUGGAGUUCCUGAAGAGAUCCUCACUUGCCCUGCUUCUUCCUGACUUCCCUGCAAUAAAGUCACGCUGCUUUUGUUGGAAAGUCA